CUCAAUUCUCAAAUUUUUGUUCAAAAAAUGGCGAUCGCUUAUCUACGGAGAUUCGCUUCCCGAAUCGCCCGAAACGCUUCUCUAUCAUCUUCCUUCGGAUCCUCAAUCACUCGAUCUUCCGCUUCAUCGUCGUCGCCGUCGGCUUCCGCCAAGGUCGCCGAUCGGAUUGUCAAGCUAUCCGCCGUCGAUCCGGAUGGGAACAAACGCGAAGUUAUCGGACUCUCGGGUCAAACACUGCUCAAAGCCCUAACGAAUCAGGGGUUAAUUGACCCGGAUUCUCAUCGGCUUGAAGAUAUCGAUGCUUGUUCAGCUGAAUGUGAGGUACACAUUGCUCAGGAAUGGCUCGAGAAGCUUCCACCAGCUUCGUAUGAUGAGAAGUAUGUUUUGAAGAGGAAUUCUAGAGCUAGGGUUUUGAACAAGCACUCUAGGCUUGGAUGUCAGGUGGUUCUUUCCCAGGAGCUUCAAGGUAUGGUUGUGGCACUUCCUGAACCCAAGCCUUGGGAUAUCCCGUAAGGUGUAAUGAAAAUUUGUUGAAGUUUUUGAAUUGGAAUUUUAGUGUUUUGAGAUAAUAAUAAUA